CAGUAGACAGCAGCUUCUUGACAGUUUUUUGUUCCGGGGGGGGGGGGCUCCAGUCAUAAAUUAUUCAGCAUAUCUCCGAAUUUUCUGUGAUACUGUGUGAAGGAAAACACACACAAACACACACAUCAGAGAUCUCCAUCGAGUGAUUUAGGUUUUUUAUUACAUGCAACGCUGUAAAAGAGGGUAAUGAUUCAGACAAUACUCAAUAGUGUCAAUCUUUUCUUCCCAUCACUACAGUGCCAUAACUAAAACAAUGGGUCUCAUUUGGCCUUUAACCAGAAACCUCAGUUGUUGAGGUCCUUUCCUCUAGAUUGCCCUUCCUUGUUCCUAAUAUUAUUAGGUAAUCUUAAAAUGAGCCCCUGAUUACAUCUCACCAAAAAACUGUCAUUUUUUGUGUUGCCAUGGCAUCAAGGCUGUCACCCAAGAGCUAUCACAUUCUAACAUGGGCAGACUCUGUAGGAAAAGGGUGUCACAAUGCAUACCCACAUGCACAAGCACAGAUGUGAGUUAGACGGUCCAUAACUGCAUCAAUAUUUGGUGAGGAUGUUUGGAGACGGGCUACAUGAGCAUUUACCUGGUGAAAUAGAAUCUCUACCACCUCGGUCAAAAUAUGAUCCACUUCAGCAGAUGCUGCAGCUCCAUUUAGGCUCAUAAAGCCGGCAGGCCGAGGACCUGCUUUCACUGCUCUGUCGAUACCAUUGUACCAUCAUGUUGCAGCAUCAGUUUACCUCUUUGACACAACAGAGCUUAUUUUUGGCACACGUCCAGCUGCUUUUCCCUGAGUAACCCAGGUGAGACGCUGCCGAGACGCUUCCAUGUGCCACCGCGUCGACCUGCGGCGGAGGCAUACCAUACCAAGCAGACUUCAUCUUAUUAACUUCCGUUCGCAGGUCUCUGCUUUCCCUGAUUCGCUGCCCGGACGUGGAUCACAGAGGCUUUCUCACAUGAUCCCCGGCAUAAGUUAGACCAUCUGAAAACAUAUUCCCCAUGACCUCACCGGCCGAUUGGCAUGCAGUGUGCUGCAUAAGGCUUUUCUUGGCGAAUGCUCCCCCAGGGAGAACAUAGAUAUCCUGUCCUACAGUAUACUGGUGCUGCUGUGCAUGAAUGUCUGUCUCCAUAGCUGGGGGUUGUUGUGUAGUGAGCUAACUCUAUUAGGCACAAAUCCACCCACUGGUGUGUGUGUGGGUGUGUGGUGUCAGUCUAUUCUGUUCUCCGAGGGCAAAAAGACCUGCUCCGAGGUAGUAAACGAACAUUUGAUUGACUAAGAAGGAGAUUAUGCUUAAUGCAUUAGUAGAUUAUCUGUGUUCUUGUUUUUGUGUGGCCCUCCCGAGUCGUCUCAUCAUAAUGAACAGCCCUUACCAAAGGAUAACGAUUUUCCGGUGGUGUGACAUUUAAAGAUGAAGUACGUGAUUGAUGAAUGCAUAGAUUGAUUAUCUACUUAUUUGUUCGUGUACCUGAUGAGUGCAACCUGUUAUGCAAAUCUCCAUGAAACACCCAUAAUUAAAUGCAAAUUAGGGAGGCGGCGACAGAUAUUUCCUGCCCUGUCUCAGUAGCGAGGGGCUGUCCUUUUGUCCUCACAGAACAAAUUUUGUAGGGAUUACCGUUGCAACCAUUCUCUUCACGUUUGGCUGAGUUUUCACCAGUGAAAAAAGCCCCAUCUCCACAGAGUGAAUCAAUAUCACGUCUUCAGCGCCAUUCGGGCCUGGAAGUAGCAGGUCCUCUCCGCCUCAUUGCACUUCCAGAGGCUGUGCCAUUCAGAGUCAGAGCAGAAGGCGGGUUGGCACAUCAACAUGAACCCACUCGUGUACACCUCAGUUUUUGUAGACUAUCCUCUAAUACGCAUGCACACACACAUAAAAGUAGAUAUUAAACUUUCCACACAGGUACUUGGAAAUCACCACACAUAGCUUUGCAGCACUGCCUGAGUCAUCUGCCAUCUUUAAAGAGAGUCAAGGCCACGUUUAAUGAUGAUCUCUGCACCACUGUAACCCAGGCUACAUUCCACCAAAUGGGGCUCUUGUGUGACUUGGUAAAGUUGUCCCUUGUAAAAGAAAAUGGGUUGAAAAAGACAUUGAUUCAUUGCUGCAUGAUCAACAGUAUUCAUGAAAAUAUCACACCCAGCAUGCUCCCUCCGAUGAUAUCUUUCCUCCCAUUGCUAUUACGGGCCAUUUUAAGGCGACCUCCUUGUCAGGGCUGUAAUACAUUUUAACCACCUGUCAAAACGCUACUGUUGUCAGCGGAUGCCAUCAGGCUUCCUUCACUCCCCCUUUUAACAUUAAAAAACAUGGCCCCAUAAGGCAGCAUGUCACUCCUGUCCUGUCUGUUUUCUUUUACUCCAUGAUAUUUUUCUCAUACUCCUGCUGUCAGGGUUAUUACACCAUGAGUUGUGUGUCCCAGCUCCGGUGCAACAAAAGCUUUUGAAGCAUGAAGGUGCUCAGUUGGCACGCUCUUUGCUGAGGCAAGAUUUUUAUGCAAACUCUCCAAGAUCCAACAUCAACAACGAAGGCCUUACCGGCAAACCACAGAAAGUUCUACUCAUAAAUGAGCCAUUCUCUUUGGUAUUUAAAGUUUAGCUUUGGGAUUUUUUAAUACAGCAGUGGGAUCGGAUCCCUUGCUCUCCGUGUAUCAUCGGAUUGGUGUUUCUUUCCGUGUGCUGUAAUGGGACACCCAGAGGGCCUAAUGUUGCAUGUUCAACCAAACUGACACUGAAUUUCGGUUCUGUAAAUAUAAUCGCAACUAAUGUCACCCUCGCGCUGGAACACUGGAUGGUGCACCUGCAGACCUAAGAUCUGAUGUCCACAGUUUUUAGUUUUAUGACAUGUUUUAUCCCUGACAAGGUCUCAGGAUUCAUCAAAUGGAUCCCUCCUUAUCCCCCAUCUCAGCUGUGUGAUAAGUAAGAGAAGCAGCAGAGAGAGCAGAGCGAAAAUCAAUAGGGAGGCAUAGCACAUCCUCACUGAGGCACUGGGUCCAAUCAUCCCUUCCUAUCUGCGACAUGAUCCUGGAAGAUAUCAGUCUAAUUCUGACGAGGCCCGGGAUUGUCAGUCGAGACUUUGAUCCCUCUGUACACAAACAUAAAAGGAUUGGUAUUAUCAUAUCAAAAAGUAUAAGCAGGUGAGACGAGGCUAAAAAGAACUGUCACAGAAAUCAUGCAGGAUUACUGAGGAUGGCUCACUCUCAAGUCUGCAGGUGUGUUAACCUGACUGACAAGCCAAAUGGAGUCUCUCCUGGUGUAUCUGAUUGUUCUCGGUGUGGCUGUCAAGGCCCACAAAGUUCAAAUCUGCCCCAAACGAUGUGUCUGCCAGAUGCUUAACCCCAACCUGGCGACUCUGUGCGACAAAAAGGGGCUACUCUUCGUGCCCCCAAACAUCGAUAGGCACACGGUGGAGAUGCGCCUUGGGGAUAACUUUGUAACCAGCGUCAAACGCAAAGACUUUGCUAACAUGACUAGGCUGGUAGACCUGACCCUCUCUCGGAACACUAUUGGCACCAUUGCACCUCAUGCCUUCAAAGACCUGGAGAACCUACGAGCUCUUCACCUCGACAGCAAUCGGCUAACCCGCAUCACAAACGAUACCUUCAGUGGCAUGUCCAAGCUGCACCACCUCAUCCUCAAUAACAACCAGCUGACACACAUCCAUAUCGGGGCCUUCAAUGACCUCACCGCACUGGAAGAGAUAGAUUUAUCCUACAACAACUUGGAAAGUGCCCCAUGGGUGGCCAUUCAGAGGAUGUCCAAUCUCCACACCCUCAAUUUGGACCACAACAUGCUCAGCUACAUCCCAGAGGGCACCUUCUCUGGGCUGCAGAAGCUCAAACGGCUGGAUGUGACUUCCAACAAGCUCCAGAAGCUUCCUCCUGACCCUGUUUUCCAACGUGCAGGGGUCCUGGCCACCUCGGGGAUAAUGGGACCCACGUCGUUCGCAUUGAGCUUCGGAGGGAAUCCCCUGAGAUGCAACUGUGAGCUGCUCUGGCUGCGGCGAUUGAGGAGGGAGGAUGAUCUUGAGACCUGUGCUUCACCGCAACACCUUGCUGGACGUUAUUUCUGGACUGUUUCAGAGGAGGAGUUCCUGUGUGAGCCUCCUCUCAUCACCAGGCAUUCUCAGGAGCUGCGAGCGUUGGAGGGUCAGAGCGUGACUCUACGGUGUAAGGCCAGAGGCGACCCCGAUCCCAUUAUCCACUGGAUCGCCCCUGAUGGCCGCCUUAUGUCCAACUCCUCCAGGGCCAUGGUCCACACAGACGGCACGUUGGACAUCCUCAUCAGCACUGUGAAGGACUCUGGCUCCUUCACCUGCGUGGCCUCCAACCCAGCCGGCGAGGCCCAGCAGACUGUGGAUCUGGUCAUUGCCAAACUCCCACACAUCACCAACAACACAAUCGCAGAGCAGGAGCCCGACCCCGGUUCAUCAGAUAUCGCCACAGUGACCAAGACAGGCGCAGAGGCCGGAGGGGUGCCGCUGGGGAACACGAAGACGAGCCAGGAGAAGAAAGUAGUCAUUGCAGAGGCCACGUCCAGCUCGGCCCUGGUCAAGUUUAACUUCCAGAGGACUAUUCCUGGAAUCCGCAUGUUCCAGAUCCAAUACAAUGGGACUUACGACGAUUCACUGGUAUACAGAAUGAUACCUCCGACCAGUCAGGACAUCCUGGUAAACAACCUGGCGGCUGGUACGCACUAUGACCUGUGUGUGCUGGCCAUCUACGAUGACCAGGUGACCUCACUGACUGCCACCAGGGUGAUAGGCUGUGUGCACUUCACCACUGAGCCGCAGUACCUGAGGUGCCAUUUCAUGCAGUCUCAGUUUCUUGGCGGCACCAUUGUGGUUAUCAUUGGAGGGAUUAUUGUGGCCUCAGUUCUUGCUUUUAUUAUCUUCCUCAUUGUGCGCUACCGGGUGUGUAACCAAGGAGAUGCAGAUAAGGCUCUGGAGAUGGGGGAUAUUCGGUCACUCAGCAGUGAUGGACAGCUACAGGGCUGUGGGAUCCCCAAGUCCCUCUCCAAGCAAGUUCUGCGUCCAGAAAAAAAUGACAAGGAGUGCCUGAGAGUUUCCCUGCCGCCCUCAGAGCCGGCCAAGCAACGACCAUCAGUUGUAGCCAGCACCAAACCCACUGUCCCUGACUGCACUGUCUCUACCUCUGCUGCCAGCCACAGCUGGCACCCGGCGUCCCCUGGUGCUCCGAGGCCCAAACGCUCCAGUGCGCCACCAAAACCCUCAGAGGCUCGCCAGUCCGAAGCUCAGGCAGAUGUUGAGCUCGAUAACAUGAACCGCAAUAACUCGUCAGAGGUCAAAAUGGCCCCAGCCAUCGCUUUGGCUAUUCCUGGCCAGCCCACCAAAUGGACCGCCGCCCCCAGGGGUCCGCGGCCGCACCAGGCCCCUCGGCAUUAUAUGACUGUGCCUGCAGGGGCAGUGAGGGUGAACCGCAGGCACUCUCUCAACACAGACUCAUACAGGGAGUGCUGCUAUGUAGCCUACCCCAAAACCGGGGCCAGUCUGCGUUCCAAACGCAGCCUGUCGAUGAGCGUAGAGCUGCCCCAGCUUGAGGGCACAACAAACAGUCGCCGGGCCAGGGACAAGCUCUCCAGGUCUGAGUGGCUUCUGGAGAGCACUUUAUGAUUUGGAGUUUAUAACCUGCGUCGUCUUGUUUUCUUGGAUUGGAUUUGUGGCCUGUUGCGGAACAGACAGGGAUUGUAAUGCCUUGUUUUGAGCUCUGUGCUCCCUAUCGAGGGACCUGUAAGCUUCCCUCAUAUAUUUGAGGGCAAGGCAGGCAAACAGGGUCGUGGGAAACGUUUCACGUUUGUUUUCUACCUUAUAACCAAUCAAAGUCUUCUUUAUAAGGACAUUUGAUGAGACUUUGACGAAAAGGCACAACAAUGUAUAAAAACGACUUCAUGUACAAAAAUGUUAAGUUGUGUGAGAUACUGUACAACUCACCACAACCAUAAGUGUUCAUGUGGUGUUGAAUGCAGUAACCUGGACACUGUAUUAAAACAAAGAGAGAAACGUGCAGGGGGUAGGGUUAUUAUACUCGCAGUCUCUUUGCCUGUUACUUAAAGUGAUACAAUCUCUGCAGACUUUGAACAUGAUUCUCGUCUCCAGCUCUACAGACAGAUGGUGACAUGUCUUAAUUACCAUGGCGGGGGUUUGGAGAGAUUACAAAUGUGCUUUACAUCCCAGAGGUGUUGGGACAGAAUGUAGUAGACAGACAGCUCUCCAUCUUCUCCUCACCAACACUCCCAGACACAGCACAAUGCAGCAUAUUUGUGGCACAAGUCGACUCAGCCUAAUACUGCCCUCUGGUUGAAUCAAUAUGUUUUUAAUCACAUAAUUACAUAAAGACUCAACUCUAAUAGGAUUCCUGUCAUGAAUGAUUUGAGCGACAAUGGAACCAACACCAAUGGCAUGACAGGUGGUGACCUGAUCUGAUAUUACAUCCAUGCGAUCCAGAGGAGUGGUUCAUUUCCAUAUUUUUUACUUAUCAUUGACGUUAUCAUGUCGCGCCGGUGACAACCAUUGUAAAUUAACUUGUCAAUGUAAGAGAAAUGAUAAUCACAUUUAUGGAAGGACGCCAGCUCUUGAUUUUGCUGUUGUUUCUGUUUGAUGUUUACCAGUAUAAAUAAAUCAGUGAUAAAAGGGA